AUGACAGAUCGUUCUUCAUCUCAUAUCUCUGUCCAUAAAACUGAACCAACAUUAUUUAACAUUCAUUUUGCCGAACAAGAAAAGAAUCAUCGACAACAACAUCAGCGGGUCUAUCCUUCUGUUUAUAUGGAUGAUUCAUCCUCAUCUGCUCAUCUUCCAUCUGAAAAAUCAAAAGAAGAAAAGAAAGAAUCAUGGCUUCAUCGAUGUCUGGCUGUAUUUGACAGGUUGAUACAAAAUAAUGGUAAUCGUUAUGCUUUACAAGUAGCAAUUGCAUUUUCCAUUGGAUCUCUUUUUGUAUUUAUAGAAGUCAUCAGUAAUGGGAUGAUGAAUACUGUAUGGGUGCCCAUCACUAUUACUCUGGUUCAUGAUAAUACUGUAGGUGGAUUUGUUUUCCUUGGUGGUCAACGUAUCUUAGGUACCUUGAUAGGAGGAGGACUUUCUAUGAUUGGAAUGACUCUUGCUCGCGUUCUUUUCCCAACCUGGGGAAUUAGUGCUAAUAUCUUUUUAAGUUGUUACCUCUUUGUUCAAGUGUUGUCCAUCACAAAGUUGAAAGAACGACCGCAAAUCGCUACCGCUUGUGGAAUUGCUUUGGUUACUACUGCAGUCAUUUCUCUAAGUGGUUACCCUGGUUUAAUCAAUGACAAGAUCUCUGCUUCGGUUGAAUUCGCUUCAUGGCGUAUAUUGAAUGUUAUCGUUGGAAUUAUUAUUGCCAUGUGCUCAGUCCUUUGUAUCUUCCCAAUCCAAGCUAGUCGUGCCAUGCGAGACAAUGUGGGUGAAUCCUUAAAAGCUACUGCUGAUUUGUUUGAAAAGGCAGCAGAAUACUACCUGGAAGUUAACAUUUCUCCUCAGUCAACGACCGCCGUAUCGCCUUCAAUGUUUCUCAACAAACAUGACCAUCUUAAUACUACAACAUUACACCACCAAAGUGUCGCCAAUGUCAUCUCUCGAAGCUCAUCACCAACAAGACCAUUUUCUAACGAUGAACAACAACAAGAACGACAAUUAUCCACUGCGGAUACUUCAGAUACUAUCACUCAACUAUGUGAUAAAGCACUUGGUAUUCUCAAAAAGUUACAGAAUGAAGCCCUUAGAAUGAAAACUGUUUCCAGUGAAUACUAUUUGCAACUUCCUUUCCAUUUACUUCUUGGUCAGCGGGAAAGAUAUCGACGGGAUAGAUUACGUGCAGCAAGAUAUGCUGAUGCUAUUGAUGAUGUGAAACAGAUUGUUUGGCUCGUAGUAUCAUAUCGGUUACUAUCACCUUUGGUCCAACUUUCUAUGACAAGUCAACAACUUGAUCUCAGUGGAGUGGAUGCAUUUCUACAAUCCAGCUUGAACAAAACGGUGUAUCAGCGAAUUGUACCAACACAAUCAACAUUGGAAAGUUUUAAAGAUAGUCUUCAUGUGAUGCGACGUUUAGGUGCCAUGCUCAAGGAUCGCCAUCAUAAACUCAGUGAUCAUCCUGAUUGGUAUAGGUUGGGACAAAGAGUACAUCAAGGACAAUCUCAUAUUCAACAUGAAUUAGUGCAACUGGUACAACUUGCUGGUGAUAACGUCGAUGGCAUGAAAUUGGUCUCUUAUUAUGGUUUUUUGGUCAGGUGUGCUAUGAUUUGGGCUGGCUUGAAUGCUGUCAUAGAUAAAUUGGGUCCUCAAUGGCAUGCUCGACGUUCUCGUCAUUCUUCCUCUUCUACCAGUUUGAAUCCUUUUGUACAUCCUCCCAUUUGA